UCCCUUCGCCCUUUUGAUUGGCGGCCGAUAUUUAGCUACUUCCCGGGAUUGGUUGGUCGGUUCCCGGAGGGCAGCCUCCACGGUGUAGGGGUAGCGCAGUUCACUCUUGUUUUUUGCCCAGUCCCUAACUUUGGGGUUGUUGUGUUGCAGUUCUUACGUAAGAAUCGACGCUCCUUCUGCGAGGGCAGCGGGAGAAGGAAAAGAGAGGAAGGCGCUUUCUUGGCGGUCUGGGCGCCUCUAAAAGUUUGGCUCAAGAUUUGGAGAGAAGCAGCUGCUCAAAGGCCCUCGACUCGCCAUGGGGAGACUCGCCCUUAGCCUCCCCUUAGCGCUCCUGCUGCUGGCGGCCCUUUGCAGAGGACAAGAUACAUUUGAUUUAAGUGAUGCACUUGAAACUGAUGCUCCUACUAAAAGGCCUAGUACAGUUACCAAAAAGCCAAGUGAUGGCUUCAGCUUAGAAGAUGCUGUAAAUGGUCACGAUGAUUCCCCAAAAGCAACAGCACCACCUCCUCAGCCCAAACCUGGGAGUCAUGGCCACAGUGGGGGAUUUGAAGAUGCAGAUUUAUUAGAUGGUGACUUGCCACCUGAGAAACCACGAUCAGACUAUCCUUCGAACCCUUCCUCAGGUGGGGAUGAUUCUGGAGCUAAAACAGAUUCUCCAGGCAUGCUAGCUGGCAUUAUUAGUUCCGUUGUAGUAGCAAUAGCUGGAGCGGUUUCAAGUUUUAUAGCAUACCAGAAGAAGAAGCUUUGCUUCAAACAAAGCGAUCAAGAAAACAUUCCUGUGGAAAGCCAGCAGGGAGCACAUGCAGCACCAGCUGUUCAACGUACACUUUUGCAGAAACAAUAGCAGAAUUUGAUAUGAAGAAAAGACCAGAAACUGGAUUUGUAGCCUGCAUAAUCCCCUGAAGGAGCAACACCAUGAAAUUGCAUAGUAGAUCUUUAAAAUAGGCCUGUUGAAAGAUCUUUAGAAAGGAAGUGUGAUGUUUCUAAUCAAUGAAAAAUAUUUUCAUCCACCAUUUAUCCUUUGAAGUUCAAUUGUAUACAGGGUGAUUAUUGUUUUUCAAAUGUAUUUUUAUGGCAUUUGUUGAUUGGAUUAAAGUUUUUUUCUCUUUUUUUUUCUUUUCUUUUUUUGUAGCAAGAACCUUGAAAAGGGAGAUGGGUAUACUUGUAAAGUACUUUAAGGCAGGUUGUUCACUAAUGAAAGCUAUGUUGAUUGUAGAUAUCUCCGAAUUACAGUUUGACGACACCAUAUGGAUAAGGCCCACUAUUUAGAUAUUGGAGGUGAAGCACAAGUUUGCUCUUAUCAGAUGAGUGGCUCUUAAUACAGUCUUAUAAAUAUGUAAGAAGUGACUUAGGACUAAGUCCCAUUGUCCCUGAAUUUCCAGUUCAUAAACAUUAACAUUUUUCUUUCUGCAUGUUCUGCAUGUUGGUCACAUUUAGAACAUUUGACAUGGAGUAAAUGCCUUAUCUGAUUAGCAAACCUUUUGAAAUUUUAUCAUUGUAUACAAGUACAUAGGAAUUGAAGGCAUUAAAAAUCUAAGUUGCCUUAAAGUUUUGACUCAGAAAUAAUCUUAAAAUAAUCCUUAUCUUGAACAUGUUUGCAUCUGAAGGUUUAUUACUUGUGUGUAGUGGGCUGUAUUUCUGAGCUGCAUAAUGCUGAAAACAAAUGUGAUUUUAAAGAAUAUACACCAUGCUCCUACAGGCUUUACAAUACUUUCUUAAAAAGAAAUCCAAAACACUUUAUAGCCAUAAGAUUAAUCUAUCAUCUUUACAUCAAGUUUGCUUAGGGUUAGUGUGGGAAAUGUUUGCAAUGCCUCCUAGUUCCUACUGCCAACAUCUGCCAUUGGUAAGCCUUAAUUAAAUGUGGGAACAUAGCCAAGGUAUAUAGUGGCUUAGGUUCUUAGGCCAGUUAUGACCAAAUAUGAUAGGGACAUGGAUCCUGGAUUUCUAUGACAGGUUACGUGCAACAAUGAUAUUAGGAUACAGUACCAUCCCUUCUCUCACUGUCAGAUCAACAAGGGAGCCUCUUUAUAUUAAUGUUUUGGUAUUGGGAGGUUAAGAUUUUUGGAGUGGUGGUAGGAGGAGGAACUCUAGGUCUAAGCUUGCUUAGUCAAGCUUGCUUAGGGUUAGCAUUCUGACUGGGAAUUCGGGGAAUUGCACAUCUUACAGAUGCCAAGCUUGAAAAACAUUUGUCCAAAUAAACCCUUCCAAUUCUGUGAUUUUUUAAAAGAGUGAUAAAAUUGCAUUAUAAUAAUUUAAAGCUACCACAAAAUUUUGGUGAUACUAUUUUGAGGAAGUUACUUUGGGGAAUCAUCUGCAGCUGGAUGCUACUCUCCCAUUUUAAAGUAACUUGUCAGAGCUGUUUGUUACUACUUUCAGAGGGGGGAAUAAAGUUGAGGUCUGGAGCAGGCACAUUCCUUGCUAAACUAUAAACUUAAAUAAGCAUGUGAAUUAGUCCAUAAUUGGCUCUUGUUUUGCUCUUUAUUCCAUAAUAAAGUAACUUCAGUAAUGGAAUUGCCGCUUAAAAUUACUUAAAACUGCAUGUGCCUCUGAUUACAGAAUUUACCUUACAGUUCAUAAGUGCCCUUCUAGUUCUAUGCUUUACAUUUCAUAAAGACUUAUUUGUUUGUGCAAUAUUUUUCAAAAAAUACAUAAUAAACUUCAAUUGCAGAUGCCUUAUGUACAAUACCUUGAAGUGCCAACAUAUGAAUUGAGUAGAAAUAUGAGCUGAGCAUUUUAUAUUGUAUCAUUAAAAGGAGAUUUGGAAAUGGUCACUGACUAUGUAAAUUGAGUUAAAUAUCCUACUAUAUUUAAAUUUGUGAUAAACUGAAAACAAAAAAUGAAACUGUUAAGAAAUGUGGGUGCCAUAUUAAGGGGAACUCAUGCUUAAGCAUCAUGCCAAAGUAAAUUAAGUAAAUCUUUGCAUAAUGUGAUAUGUGUAUACAUAGCCUUCUAGACAUGAAUAUUGGGCCAACUUCCAAUUUAAAUUAAAUACAAGUUAGCUGUAUAAGCAAUGCAUGGAUUUUUAAGUUGCCCUUUGCAUUUCAAUAAACCAAAUAUCAAUUUUGAGUCAUGUGAAUGUAGCAUAUGUUCAGCUCCAAAUCUUAAUAAAUUCAGCAAGAACCUGCAUUUUGAAGAAAAAUGUGUGCAUGAUUGCAUUUAGCUUUUGCUAAGUGGCAAUAUUUUGAUAUAAUCCUUAUUUCAUGAACCAGGACUGAUGCAAAAAUGAUUGCUAUUGAUAAAGAUAUUUCCAUGUUAUUAAUGAAUAGAAAGACUUUAGUUCAAACCAUAAAUACACCGAACUACUUGUGGCAAACUAAGCAUGAUUUAUUGAAUAAGAUGCCUUCAUCUAUUUGUUUUUCCUCAUCCACCAGCAGUCUAGCUAGGAGACAACUAAUGGUUUGUUUUCAGUUUAUCAUUUGUUUCCCUUGUCCUUAUCUGCAGCUAAUGAGAGAGUAUCCCCAUGAUUUAUCAUAAACAAAACCCUGGAGACAAUUGUUUGGCUAGUUGGAAUUGAAAGCUCGCUUCAGAGUUUAAAUAAUCAAAUCCAGACACCUAUCUACUACUGGGGAAGCUUAAAGAACCAGCAGAUACAAUUGCAAUACAUUAGCAAGGAGUUCUCAUGUUAUUCCAGUGUGUUCAGACUUCGCUAUAAAAAUAAUGAGAACAUGUUUGGAAUAUGCACUUAAUAGUGUAUCCUAUACAUUUUAAAAAAUUGGAAUAAAGUUUCACAUAGUACUGUACAAUAUUCUAUGUAAAUGUGUGUAAGAAUGUGCAGACCUGGCUACACUUCUGCAUGUAUUUGGAUGUAAAUACCAUUCAACUAGAUGGUAUUGUUCUUUGGAAGGAAUGCAUAUGAUUAGGCCUUUCAUCUCUAAAGCAAAUCAUUGCCAUGGGUUGACAAUAUGAUUCAUGCGCGCUACAUGAAAAAUACCUAUAGUUCAGUAUGUUUAAUUUUUAAAUAGAUUCAUGGCUCUUUAGAUUAUGAGAAUCUCUAAAUAUUUGGUAAUUAAAACUUGUCAUUUGUUUUUAAUAAAGAAAUCUAAAAUUA